AUGCGUGAUUGUGUGGGCUGCUCCGAGGGGGCCCUGUGCGAUCCGACGGGUAGGGGGUCUGUGCCCGGGCGGUGUCCGGCGUCGCUACGCGCGGUCUUCCGCGGGGGGAGCUUCGUCGACGGGUGCGGGACCGCGGCGCAGCCAGCGUUGCGGCGAUGCCUCCGGCUUGCGGGCAUUGCACUGAUCGCCGCAUUUGGCGUCGCGGGGCUCCAAAUCUACAUUGCCGCCGCCUACUCGCCCGACCACGGCGACACGCACGGCAAGGGGGUGGGCGACCACGAGAACCACAACCACGGCUUCGAAGUCGUCUGGGACAAGUUUGGCCCGCCCGACCCGAGCAGCAGCACCGCCUCAGUCGAGAUGGCCCUCUCCCUGACGACAGCCAUCUGGGCCUACGUGCCCUCGCUGCUGAUCGCCGAGCUCGCGUUCGAAAUGGAGUCGCCCGAGCACCUGAGCCGCUCGAUCGCCCUCUCCGCCGGCCUCAACGUCGCCACCUUCCUCGCCGUCGGGCUCUCCGUCUGGUUCCUAUGGGAGGGGGGCGUUGACGACCCGAUCACGCUGAGCGAGGCCGCCUCCUCGCCGUCCGGCGCGUGCGGCUCCGGCCUCUCCUCUUUCGCCGGCCGCAUGCUCUCCUCGCUGCUCUGCCUCUCCAACUUUGUUGGCUACUGUCUCGACUCGGUGCCUCUCGCGCGCUGGUGCCAGCGCCGCUUCGUGCCGCACUUCAGCGGGCAGUGGGACAUGCGCUCGGUCGGCCGCUACGCCCUGAUUUCGGCGCCGGCGUGGGUCUUUGGGGUUUUCGCCGCCGUCUUCGUCGGCUCGCCCUCUGGACUCUUCGUCAUGCUCUCCUGGGUGACCGCGCUGACGGUGCCUGCGUGCAACCUCAUCUUCCCCAGUAUCUUCACCCUCUGCGCGUUGGGCCCGCCGCCUCCAGCUGCGCGCCAGGCGGCGCUGACGCGCUCCCUCAUGAGCGAUGUCGAGGCGCCCACGCCUGGGCGGUGCAUCCGCCAGUCCAUCACGCGCACUGAGGGCGUCAUCGCCGCCUGCGUGCUGCUGUGGGGGCUCUUUGCGUUGGUCAUCUGCACCUACGCCGCCAUCGGGAAGACUUUCGACCCCAUCGUGCGGGGGCCGCAGGUCAUCGGCUGCAAGGGCUGGGGCAUCUACAAGUCCGAAGGCACCGAGUUCCGCGGCUUUGGCUGGUGA